CAUCCAUUUUUUUUUUUUUUUUUGAUACUCGUGCGAUAGUGUACCACUAUUCGAACGUCAGUUUCGUUCGCAAAGCACCAAAGUAUCGAGAGUUGGUUGGCUGAAUCCGAGCUUUCAAGAAAAAUUUAACCUGUCAAUAAAGUAGUGAGAAUCAACUAUUUGCGCAAGAUUUAUCGACACUGCAAAUUUUUCGAGUAACAAUUGAUAAGAUGGGUCUAGGAAACAAGAUGUCCGAAGAGAAUCCAGAGAUGCGGGAAAUGGCAGCGCGUAUAUGUCGCGAUUACCUUUACGGAGUUUGGAAACACGUUACCACGGACAACAUCACGUUGAAACGUAUCAGCGGCGGAUUGAGCAAUUGGUUGUACAAUGUCCAGUUACCGGACGGGACUGUGCCGAUCCGAGGCGAGCCACGGCAGGUUCUGUUGCGGCUGUACGGUCAAAUACACGGGGAGAGAGCGUUGGAAGGACUGAUCACCGAGUCGGUCAUCUUCACUUUACUGUCGGAGAGGCGACUCGGGCCCAAGUUACACGGCAUCUUUCCCGGCGGCCGAAUAGAGGAAUAUAUACCGGCGAGACCGUUGCUUACCAAAGAAUUGGCCGAACCGACUCUCAGCUGCAUGAUAGCCGAGAAAAUGGCUCAGAUACACAACAUGCAAGUGCCGAUAAGCAAAGAACCGACUUGGCUCUGGGAUACUAUGACCAAGUGGCUGGACACGGCCACCGAUAUAUUGGAAAAUAUCGAAGACAUCGACGUUCGACACUUGAAAAACGUCAACGUAGUACGAGCGAUCGACCUAGGUCACGAGAUCAAGUGGUUCAGGUGAGAGGAGAUAUUCAAAGUCCCGUACGCGAGACUUUACACACAUCACACAUCACUUUGCAUGUACACAUUGCAGUGUCUAUGCCGAGAAACCACUUUUUUUUUCUUUCUCUCUCUCU